UCUCCCCGGCGGCCGCUGGGGACAGCCGAGAAGCCCGAGAUGGCCGAUGAGGUCGCCAAGGCUCAAGUCGCCCGGCCGGGAGGCGACACGAUCUUCGGCAAGAUCAUCCGCAAGGAGAUCCCGGCCAAGAUCAUCUACGAGGACGACCAGUGUCUUGCUUUCCAUGACAUUUCCCCUAAAGCACCAAUACAUUUUCUGGUGAUACCCAAGAAGCCAAUAACCCAGAUUUCUGCAGCAGAAGAUGAAGACGAAAAGCUUCUUGGACAUUUAAUGAUUGUUGGCAAGAAAUGUGCUGCUGACCUGGGUCUUAAUAGGGGUUACCGAAUGGUGGUGAAUGAAGGCUCAGAUGGGGGACAGACUGUCUAUCAUAUUCACCUGCAUGUUCUUGGAGGUCGGCAGAUGGAUUGGCCUCCUGGUUAAACUAGUUUUAGGAAUAGCUUUCCUUCUCUGGGCAAUGUGUAAGUUUGCAGGUUCCAAUAUGUUAAAUAGUAUACUUACUGUUGCUUAUCAGUGGAAUGAAAAAGUGAUGUUAAAAAUGUAAACAUAAUAAAAGACAUUGCUGCA